UCGGCUUAAUUCUUUCUCCUGGGGAAGCGAGUCUGCUGCCCGAGGGCGGCAGCAAGAUCGCCGAAGGCAGCCUGGGGCUGAGGCCGGUGCGCCCCUGGCAACGAGGCCGCACUGCAGAAGGGGCGGGAUCGCGCGCCUCCCCUUUAAGGAGGUUGUGGGAUGAAGUCACCGCUGCGCUGCCACCUUCGGGGAUCUGUGUGGCUCAGCUAUCUAAUCGGGAGCAGGCGGCGGCGGCGGCCGAUCGAGGAAGAGGAGGCGCGCGUCGCGGCGUAGCUGCAGUUGCUUUCGGGGGCUCCGGAGACAUCCCCUGCCCUCCCGAAGCGGUUUUUUUUUUAGUCUAACGACGACCUUCUCGUCCGUGCUAAGGCGCGGUGGUCUCGGUAGUGCCCGGUUCUCGGCCGCGAUGCCUUCGGAGCGGCCUUUCAAGCAGCGGCGGAGCUUUUCGGAUCGUUGUAAAGAGGUACAGCAGAUCCGCGAACAGCAUCCAAACAAAAUUCCAGUCAUUAUUGAGAGAUACAAAGGGGAGAAGCAGCUACCUGUUCUGGAUAAGACCAAAUUUCUAGUUCCUGAUCAUGUCAAUAUGAGUGAAUUGGUAAAAAUAAUCCGAUGGGAAUCCUCCAUAAUCCUUUGCCUUCUGCUGUAUAGGCGCCGGCUACAGCUGAAUCCUACCCAGGCUUUCUUCCUAUUGGUGAACCAGCACAGCAUGGUGAGCGUUUCUACUCCAAUCUCUGAGAUCUAUGAGCAAGAGAAGGAUGAAGAUGGCUUCCUUUACAUGGUCUAUGCCUCACAGGAAACCUUUGGGUAUUGAGUGUCACUACCAGAGGACUAAUUCCAAACUGUUGCAGCAACAUCUCUGCCUCCCCACUGCUCCCCACAUUGGCAAGCCCUAUGCAGAGAGAAGCUUUUGGUCCAGGAGCAGCCUGGAAGCAACUGUGUUCCUCCAAUCUCAUAGCACAUCAGACCAAGAUAAUUCAGUGUGUAGGUGUGUGAGAGACCCAUAAAUCUCUGUUUGCAUUGCCUCUGUCUUUUAUGAUUGCUAUACAUUGUCUCCCAUCUUGUUCACGCGGGUGUGUUUGCAGAUGUAUGCACUCUUUCAUAUUAUGUCUUCUUUCUUACUCCAAUGCCAAAUUGAUGGAGCCCCUGGCUGUCUGGCAAAUAAACUGUUUUCCUCACUUAUUAAAACAAGGGAUGUAUUUGUUUGCUAUUAAAGAGCAGAAAAUCAUAAAACAAAAAUAAAUUACUAUAACUUUUAUUGGGAUUUUAUUGGGAGUUUUCAGUUGUUGAUUCUUGGUGCUACACAAUAGAUGUAGGCAUCUUUUCCAGUAUGUUCCCAAAACUAUAUCUUCUAAGUUUAUUACCUUUAAGCACGAGGGGGAUUACAAUUUGCUUGUAUGAUGUAGCCUUUUUAAAAAAAACAAAAACAAGUUUUUUUGCACUUUAAAUUGUUGUAAAAGUGAGGAUGAAAGUAGCUUAAUUUUCACAAAGGUGUCGUAUUUUGCGCUGUUUCUGACAAUGUUUCUAUUUGCCUUUUACAAGGUUUAUUUUUCAAAAGCCAGUCUUUUUUUCCUUUUUUGCUCUUAAUGCAUGCAUGGAUUUUUUUAAAAUCUAUUUUUAAUCCCAUUAUGGCAAACAGGCCAUUUGGCUCAAGGAAUGUACUGAUUUAUAUUGCUACUUUACCUGGUUAUUUUAUAAAAAUAUGAUACCAAAAAGUGUGUAUGACAGAGGAAAAAGAUCUGCCCAGUCAAACCUAUAUAAUUAUCUAUAUAAAUAAAGAUAAAUUAAAAUUCUCUUCUGAUGGAAA